CCUGUUGUAGAUUUCCAACAAUAAUUAUUUGAUGUAUCUUUUGCUAUUUAACAAGCAGUUUAUGUAAAAUUUGUAUAACUAGUACAUGCAGCAACUUUGUUUGUACAUUUAGUACCUGUCCAUAUGCAUCCUGUUAAAAAAUUAUCACAUUCUGAUUAUGAAUUAGCAGCAUUUAAUAAAUCACAAGUUCUUUCGGAACAUGUAGAAUUUUAAUAGUAACAUUUUGUUCCACUCUAAUUUAUUGUAGAAUCGCAAAGUUAAGAAGUCAUUGUAGUAUAUGAACCACAUGAUGCUGCAUUUAUACAAGAAUUAUCAAUCCCACUGUAUCUACAACUUGGAGCAUAUUCUAGGCAAUCUUCAUGAGAAUUAGCAUCCUUUUUUUCAGAACAUUCACUUUCAACACAAGAAUUUCUUCUAGUGCAUUAUAAUCCAUUUCCAUAAUAUUAAGAACAUGUACUCUCAUUUCCUGUAAAUGUACUACAAGCUAAAGAUUUAUUCUAGCAUCCUGUUCCAUUAAAUACACAACCCUUUAGAAAAGAUGCACAAUCAUCAUUACCAUUUGCUGAUAUCUUAUGAGAGCAUUUUUUAUCCACGCAAUUACCACCAGAUUCCCACCAACAUUCAACCCCAUUACCGAUAAAUUUAGAACAAAUAUCUGUAGAAUUUCCUGAAUACUAUGUACAUGGAAUAUCAGGAGUAACACAUCCAUUUCCAUUAGUUAGACAACCAGUCAAAUGAGUAUGACAUUCACUAUUAGAUGUAGCAGUAGUAU